GUAUAAGAGCUGCUCCCGGCGCGGCCGCUGGCGAGGGGCUCCGGGUCAGCGCCGGCGCGGUGCCACGGGCAGAGCUCCGCUCCCACGAGGCGACCGACGGCAACGGGGAGAAGGACACGACUUUGACACACACCAUUUUUUAUCCAGCUGUGCCCCUUUGAGCGUUCUUUCAGGGCCGUUUUGGAGCAGUUGGAAGCCAUCCGUCUCUCAGUACAAGGUGCCAGGGCAGGCGAUGUUGCCCUUCUGGUGUCUCGUCCUUCUCGGGGGCCUCCUGCCCCCCUCCCAGGGUCUCCUCAACCUGCGCAGUGUCCUUGGACUGAGCCCAGCACAACCCAAAGGCGGUCUGCUCGGUGCUGGUCUUCUCGGCAGUGAAGGUCUCAUCAGCGGAAAAGGUGGAUUGCUUGACACAGGCCUUCUUGGUGAGGGUGGGCUGCUUGGGACCGGCCUCCUUGGCAGCGGAGGUCCAAGUGGAAAAGAAAGUGAAAGUCCCCUUGAUGCAGGAAAUAAAUCCAGCAGAUCCGGGGUCCUUGGGACAGGCCUCCUAGGAGGACAACCUGGCAGCGGUGGUCUGCUCGGCACAGGCAUCCCUGGUGGGGAAGGCCUCAGCAACGAUAUCCUUGGUGGAAAAGGCCUCGUCAGUGGUCUCCUUGGUGGGGAAGGCCUCGUCAGUGGUCUCCUUGGUGGGGAAGGCCUUGGCAAUGGUCUCCUUGGUGGAAAAGGCCUUGGCAAUGGUCUCCUUGGUGGGGAAGGCCUUGGCAAUGGUCUCCUCAGCAACGGCCUCCUUGGCAAUGGCCUCCUUGGCGAUAAAAGCCUUCUUGGAGAGAAAGGUCUGCUUGGCACAGGGCUGCUUGGAAAAGGAGGUCUCCUAGGCAAUGGAAGUCUACUCGGUCUUGAUGGUCUGGGUGGAGGACUGCUGGGUGGAGGAGGACUGCUGGGUGGAGGAGGACUGCUGGGUGGAGGAGUCCCUCACACGUCAACACGCUUUGCCUGGUUGAAGGCGCUGAACCUCGAGAACAUCCGAGUGUCGUGGAAGGUCCUUCGCGGGGGUGAGCUGGUGCUAAACCUGUACUCGAAGCUGGUGUUCCGCUUGCCAGGGAUUUUUCACUUUCUGAGCGGAUCCUCGGUAGAAACAAACAUCACAUCCCACAUCGCGCUGACCCAAGACACCCCUGGUGACCUCAAAUUAGUGAUUAAGGAUUGCAAAAACCUGCUCGGCGGCGUCACUGUCAGCCUGCGGAAGGGCUUACUGACCAAUCUGGUGAGCAAUUUGCUGAACUCUUCUCUUCAGACUCUUGUCCCUUCACUGCUUUGCCCAUUAGUGAAUAUUUGGGUCAGCAUCAUCAAUAUUAAGCUACAGUUCCUCAACCGUGUCAUCUCCUUCGGGCUGCUGGGCAAAAUCCACUCUGCCCUCUCCAAUUUGCCAGUGACAUCCGGGCAGUUUGUGGAGCUGGAUUUGCAGAAUUCCCCGUUCCCAAGCGUUUUCAUCGACUGGCUCCUUCAGACUGCAGGCAUCGAUCCCGGGAGCGUCCUGUAGCCGCGGGGCCGGCAGCGCUGUGGGGUGCCCCCGUGGGCGACUCCCACCGCUCCGCCCCGAGGAGGAGGGAAGGGAGGAAGACGAGUCAAUACACAGAGAACAGACGUGAAAAUGGAGCAACCCAACCAAGAAAACUCUCUACUUCUUCUGCAUCACAUUUCAGCCUUGUCAGACUUCAGUGUUUCUGUCCAGCCCGUGGUUGGCCAUGACCGUGGUUGGCCAUGACCGUGGUUGGCCGUGCCCAUGGUUGGCCGUGCCCAUGGUUGGCCAUGCCAGUGAUGCUGCUGGCAGCGGACCCAGAGGCAGAAGCCCUGGGCCAUGCCCACGUGCCCUCCCAGUGCCAUGGCCACAAGCCACUCAUCACGGCAAUCCCUGACAAAGGUUCUGCCCUGACCCUCUGCUCCUUCCCCAUGCACACCCGCGUUUCACCCAGAUCAGGGCUGUGGUUCGGGCCAGGUGGUUGCUCAGCACAGGAGAGACGUCCCUGGUGCUGGGCCCAGGCAGUCAGGCUGGCACGGGCAGUCUGGUCUGCGUGCAGCUGGCCCGUGGGAACUUUGUGAGCUUGGACCCCAAAUUCCCAGUGCAGGGAAGGGACAAAAGGACAAACGCUGAUGAAAGGUAAAUGCUUUGUCUUUGCUCUCCUCCUGCUUCUUGAUUAGUUUACCAUUUCAAAGGGAAAUUUUGCUGUUUCCAGUGAUUUCAUACUGUUAAAAAGAAGGCAAAAAAAGGCCUAGAGUCUAAUCCAGAUGUGUACUUAGCUGAUUUGUUCCCAAACAGUUUUGCUUUGAACUGAUCAGAGUAAGUGCUAUCCUGUCUUGUAAUCUCCAAGUGGAUUUGGGUGUGCUGCAUCGCGGGUGAGGUGGAUUCACAUCCCUUCUGUUACUCCUCACAAUAAAAAGGAUUUUUCUUCAUCUGCA